CCGCCGCCGCCGCGCGCCUCGGGUCUCGCGGCCGCCGCCUCGGGUCCCGGAGCCACUAGAGACGUCACCGCCAUGGCCGGCAUCAAAGCUUUGAUUAGUUUGUCCUUUGGAGGAGCAAUUGGGCUGAUGUUUCUGAUGCUUGGAUGUGCCCUUCCAAAAUACAACCAAUACUGGCCCCUCUUUGUUCUGUUUUUUUACAUCCUUUCACCUAUUCCAUACUGCAUAGCAAGAAGAUUAGUAGACGAUACAGAUGCUAUGAGUAAUGCGUGUAAGGAACUGGCCAUAUUUCUUACAACAGGCAUUGUUGUCUCAGCUUUUGGACUCCCUAUUGUAUUUGCCAGAGCACAUCUGAUUGAGUGGGGAGCUUGUGCACUUGUUCUCACAGGAAACACAGUCAUCUUUGCAACUAUACUAGGCUUUUUCUUGGUCUUUGGAAGUAAUGAUGACUUCAGCUGGCAGCAGUGGUGAAAAGAAUUUCUGAACCAUUGUCAAGUGGACUUCUUGUCAUUUGUUGGUCAUCAUGCACACAGGAGAUGGGGCAGUAAUGCUGAAUGGUGUAGCAAGCCUCUUGGGGGUAUUCUAGGUGCUCCCUUCUCACUUUUAUUGUAAGCAUACUAUUUUCACAGAGACUUGCUGAAGGAUUAAAAGGAUUUUCUCUUUUGGAAAAGCUUGAUUGAUUUCACACUUAACUAUAGUAUGCUGUUUGUGGUGUCCUGCUGAACUUAAAUAUUUAUGUGUUUCCCCUAUUCAGUAUUUUUUUUUAAUCAAUAUGCAAUGUUAAACAUUUUUUAAAUGUAAUAACCAUUUGCAUUGGUUAAGAAUUCAGAAUUCUGCUGGCUGUAUUUAACUGGGCUAAAUUACAUCUUUUCUCUUAAAAUAAUUUAACCUCCAUUAUUUCAAAAAGUUGUAAAAAUAAGUUUUCAAUCAGUCAGGAUGACAUCACUCCCAAUUUUAUGCAAACAUGCAGACCUUAUAGAUUAUAUACUCAGAGCAAAUAUAGCUGCAUUUAUACCUCAGAAGGGCCAAGUAUUAAUGCCCGUGCCCUCCAUAAAGGGUUGCUGGCUUUGCCAGUAAGCAGGUGUUUUGUGUAUUGAAAAUAAUUUUAUGUGAUUGCUAUAAAGAAGUGCUUUUCUUCUCAAUUGUUAGAAUUUAUUAUUAAACCUAAGGGUAUAAAAACCGAUUUUGAGAUACAGUUUUUAUUUAUGUUUAUUACAGUUAAAGUAGAGUGAGUUGCAUUGUGGGAAGAAACAAUAUUAAAAUUCCAUUUUUUGAAUCCUGUUUCUAUUUAUAAGUGAAACUUGAUCUUCUAUCAGUCUUUCAUGUUUUACCAUGGAUAAAAUGGGCAUACAUGGAGCUACUACUGAUAAGGGAAAGUUGUAUGUUUGCAUCACAUAUGCCAGAAAAUCCUUUCCCUGCUUCCUUCUUUUAACUUAUUUUAUAUGUUAUAUAUAUUAAGUAAAAUAACUUCGUAAAUAUAGUUUAAUACACUUUAAAUUAGAAAUGUUUAACUUACCUGGAGAUUAAUUGCUAUGCCAUACGUUCAGAGUGCCCCUACCCCGCAAAGCCUUGAUAUGAUUAACAAGUGACUUGUUAGUCUUGCAGAUAAUUCAUGCAUUAACAAUUAAGAUUUAGACCAUGGGGUAAUUGUAGUUCUUAUUCUCUAAGGUUAUAUCAUAUGUAAUUUUAAAUAUUUAAGACAAAUUUCCUGUAUAAUUCUCCACUGUUGAUUUCAUCAUGAUAGAUUUGCUGUUUCCUUUUAAAUGGCAUUUAUUGUGUGAAUGAAUGCAAAGUAGCCAAAUCCAGCUGCAUAGCAGCUUCAGACACAAACGUGACCAAAAAAUUCCCAGUAACCAGGCAUUAUCAAAUUGUAGUGUACAUUUGCUUUUUAAAAUUAUCAGUACUUUUUCAGGAGCUAGUUAUAAAAAUGUUCAAGUUGGUCUGAGAGUAUUUUGUUAAGGAUAUUUGUAUGUUUGUUCAGUAUACUUACAUAAAAAUUGUUCUGCCUUCAGACAAAACUGAAUAAUCAUGACAGCUAUCUCUUAUUGUUUUAUAAAGUUUAUUUCUCAAGAAAAUGGGAACAAAUUUUGAGUUUGUUCAGCUUUUUACUAAAGAUACCCAAAAGCCACAGGUUUUAUUGCUCGUCGAACUUGUUACUUUUCUCUGUGAGAUGGGAAGCAGAAUGAAAUAUCUGCAUGUGGCUAUACCAUAUUACACAUUAGUCUGACAGUGGCUUAUAGUGUUAUAAUGUUACAGACUCAAAGAAGAGGGUACAGGGACAAAUGAAUUAGACAGCUGGUGAUACAGUUGGGGACUCUGUGCCUAUGAUCUACUCCAUUUUUUCCUUGCAGAAAGUACAUGCUUUGGUCCUUUGCUGCUUUCUGUUCUAGAUUGUCAGUGCAGUGCACUGCUACUGUUUUAUUCACUUGGCCAUAGACUCUUUUUCGAAUAGCUGCAUAUUCUUUCUGUAUACUAAUUGCAUUGGCAGCAUUGUGUCUUUAACCUUGCACACUAGCUUGACAUAGUGCUGUCUUGGAUUUCUAGGCUAGUUACUUGAGGUAUGAGCUUUCCAUAGAAUAUGCACUGAUACUGCAUUGCCCUUCUUCUAUGGAAAGAAAACUUUUGAUGAUGAAACAAUAAAGAUUUUAAAUAUC